AUGCCCCGUGGCCAGAAGAUCAAGAAGACCGCCGCAAAGGCGAAGGGGGGCGGUGCUGGCAACCAGAAAACCGCAAACUCUCCUUCCACAGUUCCGACACCGCACACCGGAACCAAUCUCUCCACAGAUGACCACUAUCUGGAUGUCCCUGGAGAAAUGCUCAAUGGUGUUCCCAACAACAGCAUAGCUCACUCGACUCAGUUGUCCGAGGCAGUAGCGGAAGAGCAGCUGGCCGAACCACGCUAUGGCCUUCGGGCUCGGACCUCCCAGAACCAGCAUCCCGCGAAGGCUGUUGGAGUUUCGAAACGAUCUAGAGAAGAGAUUGCUACAGAGGUUAACAAUAAGAAGGCUAAGAAGCAGGCGGCUGACAACGCCAAAGCCGCCGAGGUCGAGCGUCAACAACAGCUUCACGCUGCUCAAAUCGCCAAGAUUGCAGCCCUGGAAGACAAUCGUGCUCAGCAAGACAGAAAACUUUCUGAUACGUUCGUCGCGGACCCAGCAGCUGGAGCGCUCCCACGUACACAAGACAAACUGAAGUCUGCUCACAGGGUUCGCGAGCAGAACAACCCCAUCGAUGGGCUGCAGAACGACGGCCAUGGGGGACCAACCGACAUGGUUGUGGAGGAAUCGGAGGUGGUGCCAGCGCCCAGGAAGCAGACCCUCACCGCUGCAGAGAAAAGGGCCGUUCUCCGUGAAUCUGUCCUCUUGUCUGUCUCUUCCCAGAGAGCUAGUCUCGAUGUCGCGCUGUCGACUCCCACGCGCUUGUCUGCUGGCACAUCGAAGUCUGCGCCCCUGUCUGGCCGGACUCGUACUCCCGCUUCAGAGUCCAUCGGCUUCGACGAUGAGUCGGGACUGGGCGGGUUCGAAGAUGGCGAUGUGUACGUCAAUCGGGAGGCCGCUAUCCAGGGUUCCGCGGCGGGGGCCAGAGCGGCAGCCAAACAGCUCGGUAUCAAAGUCUCUGCUGGGUUGCUUGGCGAGAGUGAUGCUGACGAGCCUUCCGUAACCCCUAACCCCAAGAGGACAAAGGGGGUCAAGAAAGACAAGUCGUUCAGUGCCCUCCCAGACUACAUCAAGCCCGUCGUCCAGUCGAAGAUCAUUCCCUCUAUCAUUGAGUACUAUGGCACCCGCGAGGACGUCUGGAACCCCGAUGCGACCCACCGCGACCAAUUCCUUGACUUAUUGCAAGAUAUCCAGAGCAGGAUUUUCCCGCGCAAGAAUCAAGAGAUCAAGAGGAGUGAUACUGUCUACAAAUACUGUCGACAACGUUUCUAUGAAUGGCACAACAAGGUGCAGAGCAUCGCGAACAAUGCGGUUCGUGAUGCCAUGGUUGAGCGGCGCGACAACGACUCUCUCACGCAGCGCGACCGUUCGGAGAAUGGGCUCAUCAAGUGGCUUGAGGGCCAGCUCGCUUCAGGUGCGGCGUAUUACGGGCAGCCAAAAACAACCAAUGCCCCCGCGAAGGAUCUGUUUCAAUCCAAGUACAUACUCAAGACAUUUGCAUAUCACCUGGUGAAGAUUUCGGGCUCUGUCUUGCCCGACGCUGCCUAUCCAGCUGGCGCUCUCGCGCUCUCAUGUGCCGCGGUCCAACGUGCCUUUGAAUACUAUAUACAUGACAAGCCAUAUGGGGUGGAGCAGAAGGAUUUCUCGGCGAAGGAGAACGCUCACGAUCUCACUGCAGAGUGGUAUCAAGGUAACGUGUCAUGGGCUUUGGCGAAGGAUUCCCGAUUCGAGAAUAUCAUGGCGGCUGCUAUGCAACAUAUGAGGGAGGUCCCGGUCGCAAAGAGGACUAUUGGCGCGAAUCCCAAUCGACUGGGUGCAGCGCCGAAGCUCUUCGAGCCUCCCAGUAGUCCUUAG